AUGUCUUCUUCAAUUAAGCCAUCAUCUUCUUCUGCUCCAUUCGAUGAGAACAAUAUCAAAUAUUUUUGUUUUUGUAAAAAACUACACAUUCGGACUGCUGCUCGUCUAGUCUCCAUUUUACUUGUAAUUGGUGUUGUGAUAAAUAUAUUUUAUUCAUUUGGACGAACAUCAACACUUAUUAUUUAUUCAUGGGUUCUCGCAACAUUUGCAAUUGGAGUUUAUGGAAGUCUCGUUUAUGGCGUUUUUCGUGAAAAAAGAAUUUUUACAAUGCCUUUUCUUGUUUUUCAGGCUUCAUUCAUCUUUCUUAUUGGAAUGAUGUUCUUUGUCUUUAUGAUUUGUGCAAUGUUUUCUGUGGAUUCACUCAAGAAGAUUGCUUAUGAUUUUGGUGGUAUAAAUGAAAAUGAUACUAACAAUUCUUAUCAUGAAAGUUUGUUUAUUUUUUAUAAGUUUUUUUGUCGUGGGUUUGUUUCUGCUGGGGUCCCAUUGGGUCGAGGCUCUGUUACUACUCUCUUAUGCUCAUGA